AUGCUUCCAUCAAUAGAUUCUCAAUUGCAACUUAAAAAUCUCACAACUCCACAAGAAAUCGCAACAUCUAAUUCUUUAAAAGCACAGACUCGUCAGAACUCUGCAACUAGUAAAUGGGCAUCACCUAUUUCAGGCACAUUAAACGAUGAAGCACUUCGUGCAGAACAGGAAAAACAAGAAAAAUCAAAACGUCUUGAACAACGACGAAAACAUCUAUCUGCUAUUCUUGAAACUGAAAAAAAUAAUUUUCAAACUGAACUAUUAUCACAUCGUCAAUCAGUAUCCGCAGGAGCAGCUCGAUCUAAUUUUCUUCGUGAAAUUUCUGAUAAAGAUCAACCAAAAAUAGCCGAUAACGAAUUUCAUCGAAAUUCAAUAGAAGAACCAAAAUUAGAAAAUUUACAACUAGAUGAAAAACGUACAUUGUAUCAACCACAAGAAUUACAUCAACGUUUCGAUAAUGAACAAGGUAAUCAAUAUGAAAGAAAAAAUCGAAAUCAACAAUUAAAAAUAAUUCUACAGCAACAAAUGGAUGAAUUCAAUCAAAAAGAACAAGAGUCAGAAAUCUUAAAACAAGAAGAAGAACGACUUCUCAAAGAUCAAUGGGAAUUAAAACAAAUUGAAGAAGAAAGAAAAAAAAAUAGAAAAAUCUUCAAUUCAACCAGAUUCCGGGAAUUGGAUAUAAAAAUUCUUGCAUCGAUUGUUUAUACUAAUGAACAAAGUAAUUUAGAACAAUCUGAACAAUUAAAACGAAAUGUUUUAAAUACACUUCAACAAUUUCAACAACAAAUCAAAUUAGAAAGAGAAAAAGAACAAGAAUUUGAUGAUAUGUAUCCAGACGAUGCUGCUAAAUACUGGUCUCGUCGUGAACAAGAAUGGAAUCAUGAAAGAGAAAUACGUGAAAAAUUAAUCGAAGAAAUUAUUGAAAAGAAAAAAGAAGAAAUAAUAAAAAAAUUGAAACUAUUAAAACAACAACAAGAAGAAAUACAUGAUAAACAACGAAUACUUAUUAAUGAUAUGGAACAAGCAAGAAAAUAUGAUUUGAUUGAAAAACAAAAGCAAUUAAAAGAAAAAGAAAUAUCAAAUACACAACAAGAAAGAGAAAAUUUUCGAUUAGAAUUCGAAAAACAAAAUAUUAUUGAGCAUGAAGAUAAAAAACAAAUGGAUCAAUUAGUACAACAUGAAAUAGCUGUUAAUACUACAACUAAUGAACCUAAAUUCUAUGGUCGUCGUCGAGCUAAUUGGAAUUAA